CGAAAAUUUUAAGCGUAAAAUUUUUUUCAACUUGUAACUUCUCGUAGGUUUAUAUAUAUACUCCAUCGCUCUACCUUGUAAACACCAAGCUAUCCUUCCAAAAGAGAGGUAACAAUGGCUCCUACACUCGUCUUCACACUGGUGCUAAUCAUCAUCAACACAUUCAAUCUAACGAGGGCUGCAACCUUGCCAAAUUUCACCUCCAUUCUCAUAUUUGGUGACUCCACUGUUGAUACUGGCAAUAACAACUUUAUUCAUACUCUUUUAAGAGGAGACCAUCUUCCAUAUGGCCAAAAUUUCCCUGGUCACAUCCCUACCGGGAGGUUUUCGAAUGGAAAACUUAUCCCAGACUUUGUUGCUGGCUUCCUAGGGAUAAAACAGACUGUCCCUCCUUUUCUAGACCCGAAUCUCUCAGACAAUGACCUUCGGACUGGCGUCAGUUUUGCUUCAGCAGGGUCCGGAUUAGAUGAUCUUACCACUGUUGCAACAGGAGUCAUCCCAAUGUCUGAGCAACUUGAUCUCUUCAAGAGUUAUAAAGCAAGACUUGGUGGCAUUGUUGGUGAAAGAGAAGCUGAAAACAUCAUUAAAAAUUCUUUGGUAGUCAUCAGUGCAGGAACUAACGACUUUGGUUUCAAUUACUAUCUCUUGCCUGUCCGGAGAGCGCAGUUUGACAUUAGAGGCUAUCAGGAUUUUCUGCAAAAUGCAAUGCAAGAUUAUGUCCAGGCACUAUAUGAUCAGGGCUGUCGCAGGAUAGCUAUAGCAGGGCUUCCUCCGAUGGGUUGUCUUCCAGUUCUAAUCACAGCAAGACUAAAACCCCCUUUGGAUAGAACGUGCUUAGAGGAUGAGAACGCAGACGCACGGUCUUACAAUCAAAAGCUUGUGAACUUGUUGCCCCAGCUGCAGGCGUCCCUUCCAGGGAGCAGAAUCGUGUAUGCUGAUGUCUAUACAACGGUGAUCGACAUGGUCAACAAUCCACAAAAAUAUGGUUUCACCGUAACAAACAGAGGAUGCUGCGGGACUGGAUUGUUGGAAGCCUCGUUCUUGUGUAAUCCAGAGACACCUGCAUGCACAGCGCCUUCACAAUUCUUGUUUUGGGAUAGCAUUCAUCCAACUGAGGCGGCUUACAAAGCCCUGGCUGACAUCCUGGAAAAGCAGCUCAUCCAAGGCCUCCAGUGAUUCCUGGCUUUCUUUUGUUUUUUUUUUUUUGUUGAUAAAAAACCCAUCCGCAGACAAUGGGUUUCACCUUGAUUUAUGCUUAACUAGUUAGUUGGAUUUGACCAGGUCAUUAGAAGGAUCGAAAACAGUCUAAUUUUUGGUCUAUGCUUUAUGCUUUUCUUGCCCUUUUUCAUUGGCAUUAGAGAGACAUCGGACCCACAACACCAAACUGCAAGGCACAACAUUUUGACUCAAAAGGAACCUAAAAAGCAGACAUCAAUCGUGGAAGGUUCUUCCCUUCUUUUGCCACCUGAUCCAGAUCUAUUCAAUCCCACAUAUCUGCUGCUUUGCUACUUUUUAAAUAGUAUUUCUUGUCCCCUUUCUUCGUAUUUUCUCUAAUCCAAUCCAGAAAUUUUUUUUUUUUAAAAAAGGAAAAACCCAAUGUCAUCAUUUUCCACACUGCACCAUAUAGAUAUUCCUAAGUUGAUACAGCCAGAUAGGAAGAAUAAAAUAUAUGGAUGAAGACAGACGAAGGGAUUCACUCUUCUUCCAAUGGGAUAAUAUGCUAAUUUUCCGAGAAGAAAUCAUUCCUGUGUUAGGACCAUCCAAGUAUGAUCACGAAAGGCGCAAAAGAAAAUGGUCAAUCUCAAAACUUUAAUUUAUUGUCAAGUAGUCGCAUCUACCAUAUAGAAGCAUGAACAGGAUUUUCACAAUUCCUGAAAGUUAUCCAUG